UAAAGCAAAUUAGCAAAGUGAGACAGGCUUCAGUGGCUUGCAUUUGCAACAUGAGUUUGUCUAGAAAUGCCUUCACUCCUCUCUCCUCUCCCAACAUGUAACUGAAAAGGAAAAAGAUUCAUACAACAAACAAACACAACCACCACUCAAAAAUUGGAGACCCAAAAGAGAAAAAAAGCUUCCCAUUUUUUCUUAUGCAUUCUUGGUAGUGAUUAACCCAGAAAGGUGAAAACUUGUUGAAGAAAAAAAUGUUUGUGGGAUCAAGAAAAUGGGUGGUAUUGGUAGCAACAAUAUGGAUACAAGCAUUUACAGGAACAAACUUUGACUUCUCAUCAUACUCAUCAGAGUUGAAAUCUGUGCUCCAAAUCACUCAGCUUCAGCUGAAUUAUCUCUCAGUUGCAUCUGACAUGGGAAAAGUUUUUGGGUGGUGUUGUGGUGUGUCUCUCUUUUACUUUCCUUUGUGGGUUGUUCUGUUCAUGGCUACUUUCUUGGGUCUUCUUGGUUAUGGCUUCCAGUGCCUUCUUAUCAAGCAGCUCAUUUCCUUGCCUUAUUUUCUGGUGUUUCUCCUAUGCUUGGUUGCAGGAUGUAGCAUCUGUUGGUUCAACACAAUCUGCUAUGUCUUAUGCAUCAAGCAUUUCCCUUCUAACCGAUCGCUCGCGCUUUCCUUAAGCAUAAGCUUCAAUGGGGUAAGUGCAGCUUUGUACACUCUCAUUGCCAAUGCAAUAACCUCAAGUGAUGACACACUCUACCUUUUGCUCAAUGCUAUUGUCCCUUUACUUAUUUCCGCGGUGGUACUAGUCCCAAUCCUCCAACAGCCUCAGCCUCAGCCGAAUUCGGCCGACAUGAUCCGGCGUGACUCCUUAGUUUUCCUCUGCCUCAACAUCCUUGCACUAGUGACCGGCCUCUACCUCUUGUUCCUGUAUUCCCUCUCUUCCAACACAACCAUUGCGCGUGUCAUUCUCGUUGGCGCCGGAUUUCUAUUAGUGCUUCUCUUGUUCUUGCCUGUGAUUGUGAAUUCUAGAGAAUGGUCUUGCCUUACUAGCCCUGCUUGUUAUCCGCUUUUGAAUUCGAGGUUCAAUCUCAUUAACCUUGAUGGUGGUGGCGGUGAUGAUGAUGAUUAUGAUGAUGAUCUUCAUAAAGAACUCAUUGAGAAUGAGGACAAUUAUUCAAGAAAUAGAAGUAGUGUAAUUGUAAGAGAGAAGUGUUGUUUUGAUACUGUGUUGUUGAAAGAUCAACUUAAGGUUCUUGGAGAAGAGCAUUCAACUAAAAUGCUUAUGCAUAGAUGGGACUUUUGGAUUUAUUACAUGGCUUAUUUAUGUGGAGGAACAAUGGGAUUGGUUUAUAGUAACAACUUGGGUCAAAUUUCUCAAUCAUUGGGACACAAUUCUCAGACAAAAACUCUUGUCACACUUUACUCCACGUGUUCUUUCUUCGGUCGCCUACUCGCCGCCGCACCUGACUUCUUGAACAGGAAGAUACACUUUGCAAGAACAGGAUGGUUUGCAGCAGCAGUAGUGCCAAUGACUAUAGCAUUCAUUUUGCUCGCCAUAACCGGCAGCAUCGAAGCAUUGCGCAUGAGCACGGCCUUAAUCGGCCUAAGUUCCGGGUUUGUUUUCGCGGCAGCAGUUUCCAUUACAUCAGAGUUAUUUGGUCCAAACAGUGUUGCAGUGAACCACAACAUACUAAUCACCAACAUUCCAAUAGGGUCAUGUCUUUAUGGCCUUCUAGCAGCUCUGGUUUACGACUCGAACGCAGACGGCGCAAGCCGCGACACAAUGUGGCUGCGCGAGAUGACAAUGUGUUUGGGGAGGAAGUGCUACCUUGAGACAUUUUUAUGGUGGGGUUGCAUCUCCAUUGUAGGAUUGGUUUCAAGUUUUGUGCUAUACUUUAGGACUAGGCAUGCUUAUUAUGACAAUUUUGGAAGAAAUACAAAUUGAAUAAGAAAAUUAAAGUAUUUUGGGUUGAUACAUAA